CACUCCCUCAUAAAAAACUGAAACCACAACAUACUCUACAUUUCUAUAAAUCUUCUUCCCUCAAAAAAAAUUCAGAAAACUGAAAGAUUUCCAGGCAAUAAAUAGUCUUCAUUCCCUAAAAUUUUGCCUUUGCAAUCAAUCAUUCAUUCAUUCCCAUUAAAUACAUAGCAAAAGAGAAAGAGGAGACAUAAAGUAAAUGGUGAGAGAGGUAGAAGAAGAAAGAGAGGGUAAGGGAAUGCGAUUAGGGAAAUACGAACUUGGCAGAAUUCUAGGUGAAGGGAAUUUUGGCAAGGUCAAAUUUGCUAAAAAUAUCGAAACUGGAAAACCAUUUGCUGUUAAGAUUCUUGAGAAAAAGAAGAUCCUCAACCUUAAAAUCACAGAUCAGAUAAAGAGAGAAAUUGCCACCUUGAAGCUUCUCAGGCACCCCAAUAUUGUCAGAUUAUACGAGGUCUUAGCAAGCAAAACAAAGAUAUACAUGGUCCUAGAGUAUGUACAUGGUGGAGAAUUAUUUGAUAAAAUUGCAUCCCGAGGAAAACUUCCAGAGAAGGAAGGCCGGAGGCUUUUUCAGCAGCUAGUUGACGGUGUCAGUUAUUGUCACAACAGGGGAGUUUUUCACCGAGACCUUAAGCUAGAGAACAUCCUCAUAGAUGGUAAAGGAAACAUAAAAGUAUCAGAUUUUGGCCUUAGUGCGUUACCCCAGCAUUUUGGGAGUGACGGAUUACUACAUACAACCUGUGGGAGCCCAAAUUACGUUGCACCUGAAAUUCUCGCUAAUAGAGGAUAUAAUGGAGCUACAGCAGAUGUUUGGUCUUGUGGUGUCAUUCUCUAUGUCAUUCUCACGGGUUAUCUUCCUUUUGAUGAUAGAAAUCUCGCUGUCCUUUAUCAAAAGAUCACUAGAGGAGAUGUACAGAUACCAAAGUGGCUCUCUUCUGGUGCACAAAAGAUGAUAAAGAGGAUUCUUGAUCCGAACCCUGUCACUCGAAUAACGGUAUCUGAGAUCAAAGCAGAUCAAUGGUUUAAGCAAGGGUAUGUUCAAUCAAGUCCGGAUGAUGAAGAAGAAAUUGUAUAUAUAGAUGAAGAGGCCUUCUCAAUCAAUGAUGAGUCUAAUGGAGAGAAAAUUCCAGGCUUUCCUACACUUAUCAAUGCCUUUCAGCUGAUUGGAAUGUCCUCAUACCUUGACCUCUCGGGAUUUUUUGAGAAAGAGGGUGUCUCGGAGCGAAAGAUCAGAUUCACAUCCAAUCUUUCUCACACGGAGUUGCUUGAGAGAAUUGAGGAUAUUGUAACAGGAAUGGGAUAUUCAGUUCAAAAGAAAAAUGGGAAGCUAAAAGUGGUGCAAGGGCAAAGAGAUCAGAGAGGUCCAGGAAGCCUUUCAGUUGCAGCAGAAGUGUUCGAGAUCAGUCCAGCACUAUAUGUGGUUGAAUUGAGAAAAACCUAUGGAGAUUCUUCAAUUUAUCGGCAGUUGUGUAAUAAACUAUCGAAUGAUCUCGGCGCAUCAAGAAGCCAGGAGUUGUUAAAUGCAGCUAUCUUGAGUGCUGAAACUGUAUCAGAGGUUUGUUAGAUUAGAAGAAAAAUAUACUAUAUUGAUUUGUAAGUAGUGUCAUAUCCCAAAAAGAAAGAAAAAAAAGCUCCAGGAGUCCUCUUAGGCUCUUAGUUUGAAAAUUUUAGUAUUUUGUAAUUAGUAUUUUUUUUUGUACUUUGCACAUUGUGAAUUUCUUGCAAAAGGAAGGAAAAAGGGGGAAAAAAAAAAAAGAUGCAAUGAAUUGAGCUUCAAAUAUUAUGUGAAGUUGUACAGAAUUUCUUUAUAUUGAGGGGUGAAGUUGUACAGAA